AUGGCUUACCAACCCCAACCAUCCCAGGUGGUGAUGGUCACCUCCACCCAUCACGGUGUCGGGACAUGGAGCACUGGCAUUUGUGACUGCUGCACCGAAAUGGGGACCUGCUGCUGUGGCCUGUGGUGUUUCCCCUGCAUGCAGUGUCAGACUGCCAGUAAACAUGGAUGGUGCUGCGCCAUGCCGCUGCUAGACAUCUGCGGCAUCGUUUCCUGCAUGCUGCGCUCCAGCAUCAGGGAACGCCACAAUAUCCCUGGCUCAUGCUGCGAUGACUGCUGUAAUGUAAUGUUUUGCUACGUCUGUGUUUGGUGCCAAAUGAAUCGAGAGCUGAAGAUCAGGGAGCGCCAUCAGUCCGGCACCACUGUGGUCACCACUCAGGUCGGAAGAAUGUAGCUUGUUGACCCGGUGGUGGUUAGUUCAUUUCAUGCGACUUGGUCUGCAGAUAGUUAGCUGCACACAUUUCCUAGUGUGUAAUAGUUGAUCAUUUGUAUUAGAGCAAAGGGAAACAUUUAUUUUAAAUUAGUGCCUUAAAACCGCAGAAUAUUACUUUUUGUUUAACAUUCUGAUUAAAAUGUUCAUGCUUUUUGAAAACUAUGUCAUAUUUUUGAUCUAUGUUUCCUAAUAAAAUACUUCCUUCAAGUCAAGAGAAA